UCCAGCGAUGCAGUGAGUUUGAUGUGUCCGGUGCAAGGUUACCCUGUUCCACUUUCGAGAUGGUACAAAUUCAUCGAAGGCUCUUCCCGUCGUCAACCAGUCCAGCUGAAUGACCGCGUUCGUCAGGUUAGCGGAACACUGAUCAUCCGUGAGGCUCGCGUCGAGGAUUCUGGCAAAUAUCUCUGCAUCGUCAACAACUCUGUCGGAGGCGAAAGCGUCGAGACUGUUUUGACCGUAACUGCACCAUUGGUCGCGGAAAUCGAACCCAGCACCCAGACCAUCGACUUUGGCAGACCGGCUACCUUCACCUGCAACGUCAGAGGAAACCCCAUCAAGACGAUCUCCUGGUUGAAAGAUGGCAAACCGUUUGGACUCGAGGAACCCGUGCUCAGGAUCGAAAGCGUGAAGAAGGAGGACAAGGGAAUGUACCAGUGCUUCGUUAGAAACGACCAGGAAAGCGCCCAGGCAACCGCUGAAUUGAAACUUGGUGGACGAUUCGAACCCCCGCAGAUUCGCCAGGCCUUCGCCGAGGAGACUCUUCAACCCGGACCAAGCAUGUUCCUGAAGUGUGUCGCCAGCGGAAACCCGACUCCUGAGAUCACCUGGGAACUCGAUGGCAAACGGUUAUCCAACACUGAGAGGCUUCAAGUAGGACAGUACGUUACAGUGAACGGCGACGUGGUUUCUCAUUUGAACAUCUCUAGCAUUCAUACCAACGACGGCGGACUCUACAAAUGCAUUGCAGCUUCAAAGGUUGGAUCCGCGGAACAUUCGGCACGUCUCAACGUUUAUGGACUCCCCUUCAUCCGUCACAUGGACAAAAAGGCUAUCGUUGCUGGCGAAACUCUCCGCGUGACCUGCCCGGUUGCUGGAUACCCGAUCGAAAGCAUCGUAUGGGAAAGAGACACCAGAGUAUUACCGAGCAACAGGAAACAGAAGGUCUUCCCCAAUGGCACCCUUAUCAUCGAGAACGUCGAGAGAAUGAGCGAUCAGGCUACGUACACCUGUGUUGCACGUAACGCACAAGGCUACAGCGCUAGAGGAACACUGGAAGUUCAAGUAAUGGUUGCCCCGCAAAUACUACUCUUCACUUUUGGCGACGAGCCCGCUAGCUGGGGCGAGCUAGUCUCCGUAACUUGUUCCGUGGCCAAGGGCGAUCAGCCUCUCGAGAUAUCUUGGGCGUUUAACGGGACUCCGAUCGACAGCCACCACGGAUCCGACGUCGUCAUAGGAAGUACAAACAAGAAAAACAGCGUCUUAACUAUCGAGUCGGUCGCGGCGAGGCACGCUGGAGAAUAUACUUGUACCGCGGCGAAUCGUGCUGGCGCCACGUCGCACUCUUCUCAGCUAACUGUAAACGUACCGCCACGCAUCGCCCCGUUCGAAAUGGCCGACAAGGCUGUGAAUUGGGGUGAUUCCGUAUCGGCUGUCUGCACCGUAGUCAACGGGGAUUCCCCGCUCGAGAUCAGCUGGGCGCUGAACGAUAUGCCUGUCGACGAGACUCAUCGGAUAUCCGUCACUACCACGAAAAGGAACAGCCUGCUGUCUAUAGAUUCGGCCAGUCCGAGUCACGCGGGAACGUAUACUUGCGUAGCCUCGAACGCAGCCGGCGCUACCAGCUAUUCGGCGGAAUUGACAGUGAACGUUGUGCCGCAUAUAGGGCCAUUCUCGAUCAGUGACGGACCAGCUAACUCGGGCGACAUGGUCUCGGCUACCUGUUCUAUUAUGAAAGGCGACUUUCCGGUCGAGAUCGUUUGGAAGUUUAACGGUAGGGAGAUAGGUUUCAACGAUCCGGACGUUACUAUCACGAGGAUCAAUAAACAUAUGAGCGCACUGAGCAUCGAGUCCGUGGCAGCGAGACACGCGGGCGAGUAUACGUGCGUCGCGACGAACAGAGCUGGAAACGUCAGCCACUCGACGACUUUGGCCGUGAACGUUGCACCGCAGAUCUUUCCAUUUACGUUCGGCGACGAGCCAGUGAACUCGGGCGAAGCGAUCUCGGCGACCUGCUCGAUCCUGAAGGGAGACUUCCCGAUGGACAUAUCCUGGGCGUUCAACGGGGCGCCGAUCGAUUCCGAGAGAACCGAUCAGUACACGAUCACGAAGAGCAAGCGGCUGAGCGUGUUGGCGAUCGAUGCCGUGGCCGCAAGACACGCGGGAGAGUACACUUGCACCGCGUCGAACAGGGCUGGAGCCUCGAGCCACACGGCCAUGUUAGCCGUGAACGUCGCGCCGCAGAUCGCGCCGUUUUCGAUCAGCGACGAACCCGCGAAUUGGGGAGAAGCAGUUUCGGCGGUCUGCACCGUUCUUAAGGGUGACCUGCCUAUCGACGUGGCGUGGGCUCUGAACGGGGAGCCAAUCACUAGCAAGAAUCACGACGAUAUCACGGUUUCGAGCACUGGCAAACGAGUCAGUUUGAUGACCAUCGAGGCCGUGAGCGCCAGGCAUGCCGGGGAAUAUACUUGCACAGCCUCGAACGCAGCAGGAGCCACGAGCUAUUCGUCUACCUUGGCCGUUAACGGUACAGAGAAAUGCAUGAAUCGGCUCCGUGAGCUAUCGUCACGCUUUCAAUUUCUUCCAAUCGACAGUCUCUAUGUGGUUGUUCGUCUCAUAGUAUCUCCGCAGAUCGCGCCGAUCUCCUUUGGCGACGAGCCUGUGAACGCUGGAGACUUGGUCUCGGUACAAUGCGUGGUGACCAAAGGCGACUCUCCUCUGGAGAUCACUUGGACCUUCGAUAACCAGCCUAUCAGAUUCGACCAAAUGGACGUGAUCGUGUCUAGCUCUGGAAAACGCGUCAAGCAACUGACUAUCGAGUCCGUAGCUGCGAGACAUGCCGGAGAGUACACCUGCGUUGCCUCGAAUGCGGCUGGAUCGACUUCGCAUUCUGCCAAAUUGGACGUCAAUGUACCUCCACGUUGGAUUCUGGAACCUACCGAUAAGGCAUUUGCUCAAGGCUCUGACGCACGCGUUGAAUGCAAAGCUGAUGGUUUCCCCAAGCCCCAGGUCACAUGGAAGAAAGCAGCUGGCGAUACACCGGGCGAUUACACCGACUUGAAACUGAACAACCCAGACAUCAGCGUCGAGGAUGGAACCCUGUCUAUUAACAACAUUCAAAAGACCAACGAAGGCUACUAUCUUUGCGAGGCUGUAAACGGAAUUGGCGCAGGACUCUCGGCUGUUACUCUCAUCUCGGUUCAGGCUCCACCCCACUUUGAGAUCAAACUGAAGAACCAGACUGCACGACGCGGAGAACCGGCUGUACUGCAAUGCGAGGCUCAAGGAGAGAAACCAAUUGGCAUUUUGUGGAACAUGAACAACAAGAGACUGGACCCGAAGAGCGAUUCUCGUUACACCAUCCGUGAGGAAAUUUUGGCCAAUGGCGUACUCUCUGACCUGAGCAUCAAGAGAACCGAAAGAAGCGACUCUGCCCUCUUCACCUGCGUUGCCACCAAUGCCUUUGGAAGCGAUGACACUAGCAUCAACAUGAUCGUACAAGAGGUUCCCGAAGUUCCAUAUGGCUUGAAAGUAUUAGACAAAUCCGGACGAUCGGUUCAACUCUCCUGGGCAGCACCAUACGACGGAAACAGCCCCAUGAAACGCUAUGUCAUUGAAUACAAGAUCAGCAAAGGCUCCUGGGAAACCGAUAUCGACAGAGUACUCGUACCUGGAUCGCAACAGAACGUAGCCGGUGUUUUCAAUCUGAGACCUGCCACUACCUAUCACCUGAGAAUUGUUGCCGAGAAUGAAAUUGGUGCAUCUGAUCCGUCCGAUACCGUUACUAUCAUUACCGCCGAAGAAGCUCCUAGUGGCCCACCAACCUCUGUUCGCGUCGAUGCUCUUAACCAACACACUCUUAAGGUAACAUGGAAACCACCCCCACGCGAAGACUGGAACGGCGAGAUUCUUGGAUACUACGUUGGCUACAGACUCUCUUCCUCCGACAAACCCUACAUGUUCGAAACCGUGGACUUCUUGAAGGAAGAUGGAAAGGAACACCACUUGCAGAUCAUGAACCUGAAGACCUACACCCAAUACAGCGUUGUCGUUCAAGCGUUUAACAAAGUUGGAUCGGGACCAAUGAGCGAGGAACGUAGACAACACACUGCCGAAGGAGUACCCGAACAACCCCCUCAUGACACUACCUGCACCACUUUGACCUCUCAGACCAUCAGAGUUUCCUGGAUGUCACCACCUCUUAGCGCUGCCAACGGAGUCAUUACUGGAUACAAGGUUAUUUACGGACCCUCUGACACGUGGUACGACGAAAACUCCAAGGACACAAAGAUCACCUCCUCCAGCGAGACCAUUUUACACGGACUGAAGAAAUACACCAACUACAGCAUGCAGGUUUUGGCUUUCACUUCUGGUGGCGAUGGAGUUAAGUCUGCACCUAUUCACUGCCAAACGGAACAAGAUGUCCCCGAAGCACCUAUCGCGAUCAAGUCUCUCGUCAUGUCUGGUGAAUCGAUUCUCGUCUCGUGGCGCCCACCAAGCCAACCAAAUGGAGUGAUCACCCAGUAUACCGUUUACACCAAGGCAGACAACACCGAGGAACCGACUAGCCAAAAAGUACCACCGAAUCAACUGACCCACGAGGCAUCUGGAUUGGAUAAACAACGUCGAUACGAUUUCUGGGUAACUGCUAGCACCAACAUUGGCGAAGGAGAGGCUUCAAAGAUCGUGGCAUUGGCACCAAGUGUUCGCGUACCGGCAAAGAUCGCAUCGUUCGACGACAAAUUCACGGCUACCUACAAGGAAGAUGUUAAAUUACCCUGCCUGGCUGUUGGAGUACCUGCACCGGAAGUCAUUUGGAAAGUACGUGGCGCCGUUCUUCAAUCAAGCGACAGACUGCGACAAUUGCCCGAAGGAUCUCUGUUCAUUAAGGAAGUCGAUCGUACCGAUGCCGGAGAAUACUCGUGCUAUGUCGAAAACUCGUUUGGCCAUGACACCGUUACACAUCAACUGAUCGUUCACGCUCCCCCACACUCGCCGCAAGUCACCCUCACUGCUACCACCACCAACUCGUUGACAAUGAAACUUGGACCUCAUCCUACUGACAACGCUCCGAUUCAUGGAUACACGAUUCACUACAAACCGGAAUUCGGCGACUGGGAAACUGCACAGAUGAGUUCUACUGCUCAGAAAUACACUUUGGAAAAUCUGUGGUGCGGCUCGAGAUACCAGAUUUACGUCACUGCAUACAACGGAAUUGGAACCGGCGAUCCCUCUGACAUGCUUAACACUCGCACGAAAGGCUCGAAACCGAUCAUUCCCGAAGCGGCUAGGUUCAUCGAAGUCUCCACGAACAGCAUCACUCUCCAUUUGAGCGCUUGGUCUGACGGUGGCUGCCCCAUGCUCUACUUCGUUGUCGAACACAAGAAGAAGCACCAACAGGAAUGGAAUCAGGUAUCGAACAAUGUCAAACCCGGCGGAAACUUCGUUGUUUUGGAUUUGGACCCUGCUAGCUGGUAUCACUUGCGCGUUACUGCUCACAACAAUGCUGGUUUCACGGUAGCCGAAUACGAAUUUGCGACACUCACUGUAACUGGAGGCACCAUUGCACCGGCCCGCGAGCUACCUGACGUGAACGGUGGUGGCAACGACGAGGAUCCGAUGAAAAUUUUCAUGGCUAACUUAAAUCUGGUCGUACCCGUGGUAGCAGCUAUUCUCGUUAUAAUCGUUGCCGUCAUCGUGAUCUGCGUUCUCAGAGGAAAGGGCCAUGGUAGCGAUAAAGGUACGAUCGCACCCCCCGUACGCAAUGGUGGUAACGACAACACGGAUGUCAGACGUUAUUUCCCCUGGUUACCUAGCUGGAUUGACGUAAACGUGGUGGUGCCGGUCGGAGCUACGGUUGUUGUGAUUAUUGUAGGCAUAGUGGUGAUUUGCGUCGCUCUAUCUAGGAGAACACGAGGUCCGGAACAAACACGGCUGCGAGACGACGUGGUAUAUCAGCAAACCGGAGUUGGCGGAGCUACCCUUGACAAACGCAGGCCUGACCUUCGCGACGAACUUGGAUACAUUGCACCACCGAACCGCAAGCUGCCCCCUGUUCCCGGAUCCAACUAUAACACCUGCGAUCGCAUCAAGCGAGGUACAGUGAUAAGUGGAACAGGCUCGAUAAGAAGUCACUCGACGUGGGAUCCCAGACGACAUAUGUACGAAGAAUUGAAUCAUUGCGCACCGAACCGAAGAUGUCCACCGCCACCUCGAAUGGGCAGUGCCGAGGCUCUCUCCCACAGAGGCAUGGAGGAUGAGAUCUGCCCGUACGCCACCUUCCACCUUCUUGGAUUCCGCGAAGAAAUGGACCCCAGCAAGGCUAUGCAAUUCCAGACCUUCCCACACCCCGGCAAUGGACACUCUGGCACCAUGGGACCACCUGUUGGACAUCCUACUAACGCUUCUGCUCACAGCCGCUCUGGAUCUCAAUCAAUGCCACGUCAAAACGGUCGCUACUCUCGAGUACCAUCCCAAGGAGGUGGCAGCGGAACCCACAACGUCUUCUCUCCCGAAUACGAUGACCCAGCAAACUGUGCUCCCGAAGAAGAUCAGUAUGGCUCUCAAUACGGACAAUACGGCGCUCCCUACGAUCACUAUGGAUCCCGUGGCUCUGUUGGACGUCGCAGCGUUGGAUCGGCCCGCAACAUCCCCGUCUCUGGAUCACCCGAACCACCCCCACCACCACCAAGGAACCACGACCAGAAUAACUCGAGUUUCAACGACAGCAAAGAGAGCAACGAGAUCAGCGAGGCAGAGUGUGACCGCGACCAACUCGUGAACCGCAACUACGGCGUGAAUGCUCGCGGCAAGGACGGCAUGACCACCGAGGAGAUGCGUAAACUCAUAGAGAGAAACGAAGCCCCCAGUCGGCAAGCCGGCGCCGGCCACGGCGGUCACGGGGGACACCUCACACCCUACGAUACUGUGGCAGUGUAACCUGUAAAUCAUCUUCCGUGGUCUUCCGUCUCUCUCGUCGCCAGCGGCCGAAGACUCGAGAGAAGCGGAAAGAAUGCGCACGCUAACUCUUCCCCCGGUGCUGUCGUCGGCCCAAAUUGCAACGAUUUAUCGAGUAAAAGAGAAAAGGAAAAAAAGAAAAAAGAACAAAAAAAGAAUUACCAUCGUCGCGAGUAGAUAGAUUCGGUCCAUUGCACUAGGCGGUACACUCGUUGAGACGUUCACUUAAGUAAUCGACCAUGUUACCAACGGCGGGAGCAUUUUGCCUCUCGAAGGGACCGUCGACCUUCUUCGUCUCCGACCAUAUCGUUUUCCCCAAUUUUGGCCUUUCUAUAUUUCGAUCUCGCGUUUUUUCGUAUAGCUCACUCGUUCUUGCUCAAUUCUCGACAAGGCCAGAUUACGAAACUGCCAAAUUGAUUGACUGCCGAUCUAGGCGAAGGGAUCACUUUUAUUCGGGGGGUAAGAUACCGCGUCGUCCCCGGUAAUUUAUCGUACGAUCGAUAUCGCCGUCGAUCCGUCGUGAACGAGUGUCCUGUUAGAAGACGAACACACCCGGCAUGUUCGUGGACGUUGAAAACGCGGCUAGAAUCCGGCCCGCGACGCGUGCUCUCGGCGACGGUGCAUUUCACGGGGGUUUUGGCGGGAUGUCCUAGGUUACAAUUGUCGCUUCCAAGCGCCACGAGUCACGGGAAGUACACACGAGAUACAUUAGUUACUCGCUUUUUAAGUCAUGGUUGUGCCACACUGCCGCUCCCCGCAGGCAUAUGAUAUUAUACAUACAUACAUAUAUAUGAUAAUAUUAUACAUAUAUAUACAAUUUAUAAUUUCGUAACGAAGGUUGUGUCCCCCUUUUUGGUGAUCGACGAUCUUGAGUCUCGACGUCGCGGAGAGCAAGUCUAGAGAGCACUGUUUUGCGACAGUGUCGCAGAGAGUGCGUCGUCGUUGUCGUCGUCGUAGCAGUAGUCAGACAACAGGUCGCACCGAUGCCGUGGUGGCGUCUAAACGAAACCUUUCCCGCCGCGCGUGUCGAACCAACAAAAUUCACCGAAAUUUCAUUUGCCGAUCGACUUAUCCGUAGGAAGAACGCGGCACGCUAGAUCGUACAACGCGAUUUCAACGAGGAACAUCAACUGACCACAUUCAUAAUAAUACUACAUCACACGCCAUACGUUAAAGGAGAGAAGGGAACGCGCAAGCACACACCACGCUCGCUGUCGAUUUUUAAUCGUCCUAUAUAAUAUUUAGUCCGCUGUACACACACAUAUAUUCGCAAGCUAAUCUCGAUCAAUUAUGAACGUAUGUGAAUUUAACGAUACAUGCGACGAUGAUAUUAUACGUGUAAGCAAUUCGAGCAACAAGUACCGAUUUAAACGUAAGUAGGACAUAAGUCGGACGGAUGGUCGCGAGGUGCGCCGUUACUCUUUCGUUGACUGGCGACGCGUCGAGUGUAGUUGAACAAACGCAAAAAUCAGGACCCAUAACCGCGAUUGGUAAUCGAGAAUGAUAGACGGAAAAGAAAAAAAAUGGAAGAAAAAGAGGAAAAAAAA